AUUAUGGAAGCGAAUCCCUCAGUUGGUUCUCAAGGGACUGAUAGCCACCAGGAAGGAGAGAGAAGACAGGAAGCAAGGGAAGAAGUUAAAAGAUUCGGAAACGAGAAUUCCCAUCAAGCAGAAAAUAAUCCAUACUCAGAUCUAUCAAAUCACAGUGGAACAAACAAUAGUAAACACACUUUUCAACAGACAUAUCAUCAAAAUAAUCGAUUCCCAAAUUCUCAUGCAGACCCCCCUCAACAAUACUCAAAGGAUUCAGAGCAUCCAAGCAAUGAUGGUCUUACCAAUAAUGGAGGUUAUAACGCCCCAAUCGACUUCAGUAAUGUUAAAUAUGAGAAGUCUUCGAACUCAAAAGAGGAGUCCAAAAAACCUCCUUCGGAUAGUUCUUCCAGUAAAAGGAUGCAGAAUUCUUCAGAUCAAAAUAGUAGUAAUAAAAAUAAGAAUAGCUCUAAAAAGUCUAAGAAGAAAUUCAAGAAUCCAGUUCAAUCUGAGAUGAAGCCAAACACUGGAAGUGAAGAGAAAUCAUCAUCCGAACCCUCAUUCAAAUUUACUGACUCUAAUGGAGAAGAAACUAAAGAAUAUUUUGACAAUACUAAAAUAUCUCAGAAAUCUAUUGAAAUUAGUAAUGAGAGACUAGAAAAUUCGAAAGACGAAGAAAUGCUAGAUAUACCAAAAGAUGACCACUCUAAUUCUAGUGAUAAAACGAUCAAGAACCAUUUGUCUUACUUAGCUGACAUUGAGAAUGAAAAUAACUUCAGAGAUGAUGAAAAGUCAAAGAAAAGAAGAGGUUACUCACAUUCCCAAUCUGAUAAGAAUGAAGAAAUUAAGCAUGAAUAUUACGAAUCCUCUCAAAAAAGAAAUAAGAAUUUUUCAGGAAGCAAUUACCAAAACAUAAUAUUAAACACUUCCCUUGAAUAUCAAGACAGAGGAAUAAAUUACACCAAGGAUAACCAAAUUCAGUCCGAAGAAUCGAUCAAAAUAAAAAAUAUGUCCAAUGAUUUUAUGGAGAAAAUGCAUAUGCACUUACAACAAGAAAUGGAAAAUCUAGAAUCAGAAAGAAGCAUGGUUCUAAAUAAAAAACAAGAGCAACUUGAGACUAUUCAAAAAGAAAACGAUAAUUUGAAACAAAAUAAAGGAAAAAUCGAGAAAGAGAAUAAACAAUUGAAGAAAGACAUGAAAAAACUCAAAAAGGAGAUAAAAGGAUUAAAGCAUGAGAUUAAAGAAUUGAAGAAGACAAUAGAUAAUGAAAACGCGGAGUUAAAUAUACAGAGAGAUAAAUCUGCAAAAUUAGAGACUGCUAACAAUAAUAUGGAAAAUAUUAAGAAAACUCUAGAAAAAGUAAUAACAGAUUUGAAAGACAGGAUUCAACAUCUCGAACAUUCUGAGCAAGCCCUAAAAGAAGAAAAUGGCAAUUUGUUAAAUAAAAUUGAACAAAAUGUCAGCAAAGAUAAGAAUUUAGAACCAGAAAUUGAAAAUAUAAAAUCUCAGGUCAAAAUUUUGGAGGAAAAGAAGAAAAAAUAAUCAAACUGAAAUCAAAGAGCUUAAGGACAAUUUAGAUACUUUCCAAAAUCAAAUUGAUCAGCUUAAAUUUGAGAAAGUAACUCUUCAAGGGCAAAUAAAGACACUAGAAGAAGAUAACAAAAAUAUUUCAGCUAGCAAUGAAGAUUUAAUAUCUGAAAGUGAUAAGGAUGAAAAAGCUCACAAUGAUGCUACCAAUCAACUUCAAGACAAUGGAAAUGAAUCUUCUCAUGACACUAGAGACUAUACUAAAUUCCUCAACAAGAUCGAAGGAUUGGAGACUGAUCUUGAAAAUAUGACUAAAGAAGCAGACAAGCAUAAAAACAAUUAUAAAAAAUAUAAAGACGAACUUAGAACCUUGAAAAAGGAAAAUCGUAGAACAAAUAAAAUAUCCGAAGACUAUAAGGAAAAAAAUCAACAGCUGGAGAAAAAGAACAGACAAUUAAAAAUAGAGAAUAACCAGCUUAGUCGGAAAUACUCUCGAUUAAUCCAAGAAAAAAGAAGUUUAGAAGAAAAUGAAGAAACGAAAAAUCAGAUAGAUAAAGUCACAUUUGAUCAGAAAGCCGAGCAUCUAGAACAUAUCGAUAAAAUUAGGUCCACCAAAACUCCAAAGUGCUGAUUAAAAACAAAUGGAAAAGAAUUAUUUCAGGAAACACUAAUUCAAAAAGCUGAAAUUCGUGAAUAUGGACUCAUCAGGCAUAAUAAGAAGAAUAUAAGCAAAGAUACUGACAGUGAACUGGCUAGAACAAAAGGAUCUUUUACCAAUAAUUUCUCUAAAUCAUGUCAGUGUUUUUCUGAUAUCAAGAAGAUCAAUAAAAACAGAUAUAACAAAUUAGACAAAAAUUAUAAGGAAAAAGAAACUGCUUUUGGCAGAUUGGGAAAAUGUAAUAGGGUUUGAAAAUGAGAGAGAAACGAUAUAAUAAUGAAAGAAAAGAGAGUUAGAGUGAAAAGACAGAAAAGUUUAUCUUUAAUCUCAAGCGAAUGCAAGAAAGAGAAAGAAAAUAGCAAAAAAUUACACACUAACAGACAGAAAGAGAAUUCAAAGAAGACUUCUACAAAAUUUUAUAAAGAGCCAAACAAAGUCAACAUUAGGUUUAAAAAUAAGAAACCAGAAUCUAUGAAUUUUCCAAUAAGAUCCAAAACUGCACACAAGAGAAAUUACUCUUAUCCAAAUAGUAUCUCUGCUGUUGAUCAACUGUCCAAAAAGACUUAUCUGAAAGAGGAUAAUAGAAAUAUAAAACAUGAAACUCUGGAAGAUAUUAAGAAGUUAAAAGAUCUAAAGAGAAAAUGUAAAAUGUCCUAUAAGGAAAGGCCAAGACCAUUAGAAAAAUCCUCCUCAAAUCAAAAGCUAGCUGCUACCAAGUUGAGUGACUAUCAGAAAUUUAAAUACUCCAGUCUCACUAAAAGAGCCAAAGGAAAUAUGAAUCAUAAUCUAGAAGCAGAUCAAGAGAUGCCAAAUAGUUUUUACAAAACUUAUGACACGAGCUUAGCUCAAUUUCACACAAAACGUUUAUCUGUAGGAACUGAUAUGGCGAAAUACUUUUCAGUCACAACAACAAAAAUUGAUGAAAAGGAUGAGUAUCUUCCUACUUCAGAAAGAUCCACCCCCUCCAAUUCGCUCCAAAACGACUCUGAUAUACUAAUCCGUUCCCCCUCACCACAACCAAAAUCCACCAAAAAAUUUGACUAAAACCCAAAACCCCAUUUAAACCCACCCCAGCACAGAAUUUCAACUUCUAAAAUUUCCAAAAUCCAAAAAAUUCUAAAUUUUCAAAA